CCCAACCUUUUGAGCGAAGUGCUCUUAAAUGUUUACACAGAACCAAUAAAAAACGUUCAAAACACGAAAACAGGUCUGAAUGCUGUUUUAAUACAAAGUGAUUUCUGGGCGUUUUUUUGGAACCUGCAAAGAUUGUGCGCACAUCAUUAGAAAAGGCAUUUUUCCUGAAUUAGGACUACCAGUUUGAAGAUAAGUAGAAUAUGUCAAAACAAAUGCCCCCGCCAGAAUAUAAUACUCCCACUGGACCAUAUGGAGGUGGCUACCCAAGCGCCAAUUACGGACCCCAGCCCCAAGGGAAUUAUGGGCAGUAUCCACCUCCAGCAGAUACACACCACGUGGUCCUUAGUAGCCAACCACAACCUAUGACCAACACCAUAGUAGUGCAGUCUCCAGUGAUUCGGCCAAGCAGUUACUUGAUCCUUGCUAUUUUCACCACCAUUUGCUGCAAUCUUGUAUUUGGAAUCAUUGCAAUAAUAUUCUCUGUGAUGUCAUCAUCGAGUGCAGAUAAUGGAGACCUAGAAGGUGCAAGAUCCAAAGGGAAGAUUUCAAUGAUACUUAGUAUCGUUGGGAUCGUGAUAACCGUACUCAUUAUCGUAUUCAUCAUCAUAUAUUUUACGGUCAUUGUAAGCUCCCUAUACCCGUCGUUGUAUGAUACGUAUGGAUAAUUCUUAGUGUAUCUAUAAUAAUAGGCUACUUCUGCAGAAUAGGAUGAUUAUAUUUUUCGAAAAUAAACUUACUUUCUUACAUCACCAGGAAAUUAAGAUAUUAUAACAGUACAAAUUAGAUGAAAAUGUAUAACAGAAAAGAACAACGAGAUCAUUUUGGUCAAUAACCGCAAAGCCUUAAAAAAUUCGCAGAAGUUUAGAUACGCAAUCGGGGUUUUCAUAAAUGCACCACAAAUGUUUAGACGUGCUAAAUGCUGGAACUCCCUUCAAAAAGUGUCGUCACACAUAUUGGAUAACUGAUAAGGCUUCAUGUUCAUGCUUGAAUAAGAUAUUUUCCUUAUACUACUAUGUUUCCUAAAAGAAAAUCGCAGAAGAGAAACAGGUUUAAAUAAGGAAGCC